UCAUGCUGCUGCCAGGUCCAGAGUCUCUCAUGGGUCCCUGUACGGCCUCCCAUUGCUGCUGUCUCCAUCGCCACACUCUGCCAUGUGCCACUUUCAGGUCUCCUCACACUGCUGGUGUGUUGAAUUUUUUUGACAUAGGGUGCUGGCAGAUUACGGGCCUCCCAUAGCUGCUGCCAGGCCCCUAAUCUGCCAUAGGCCCCUAUAUACCGCCUCCUCAUGCUGCUGCCAGGUCCAGAGUCUCUCAUGGGUCCCUGUACGGCCUCCCAUUGCUGCUGUCUCCAUCGCCACACUCUGCCAUGUGCCACUUACUGCU